UAUUCUGUCGAUCAAACGAGGUUAAGGAUUUGCAAAAUACAUUAUUGUUUAUUUAUCGCACGUUCACUUUUUAUUAAUUAUUACGUGUAGCAUUAGUAUCGUAGAAACAAUGCCAAAAAAUAAGCAAAGUAACUUAAAUGGAUGGAAACCUCUAACGUUAGAGGGUUCUGUAUUUUCGGGUGCUGUUGAUGGUUUAAUUGGUGUAGAAGAAUUAAUUGAUUAUAAAUUAGAGGAAGAAGAUAAGGAAACGAAAAUUUUAAUUUGUGACGAAGAAGAUGAAAAUGGCAGACAAAAGGUAUCUUUAAAACGAAAAAGUUCCAACAAAUGGCAAGAAAAUGACAUAGCUAAUGAUGAACCAGUAUUAAAAAAACCAAAUGCUAAGAUCCAUAAAGACAUCAGCAUUAAAAAAAAGAAAAGCAAGAAAGUAGUUAGAAAUCAGCAUGUAAAAAAUGAUUCAGAUAUUAAUUCUGAUAAUGAAAAUCAACUCUGUAGUAAAAAUAGCAAUAUUGAAAGUCAUGUAGAUAAUAUUGAUGUACAAGCAUGGACUACAUUAGGUGUACCUGGAGUUAUAAUAAAAGCAUUAAAAAGCCAACAGUUUCAUUCUCCUACUCUUAUACAAGCACUGACAUUGCCACCAGCAAUAUUAGGCCGUAGAGAUAUAUUAGGUGCUGCUGAAACAGGUAGUGGGAAAACAUUAGCUUUUGGAAUUCCAAUAAUAAAUGGUAUUUUGGAGAUGAAAAGUAAAGAGGUCAAUGAACAUAAUGUAAAAUCUACAAAAGAAAUAAGUAGUAAUAAAAACAAAGGUUGGAUUUGUUCAAAAAGUGAAACUGUAGAAAGUGACAACAGUUCAUCUGAAUCUGAUUAUGAGGAGAUUGAUAAUGGUGAUGUUAAUGAAACUAACAUUGGUUGUGUACGGGUGAUUAAUAACAUAGAAAUUAAUAAACCACAGAAACCACUAUAUGCAUUAAUUUUAACACCAACGCGUGAAUUAGCUGUUCAAAUAAAAGAUCACCUUACCAAAGCAGCAAAAUACACUGAUAUUAAUAUAGCAGUAGUAUUAGGUGGAAUGGCUGCAGUUAAGCAAGAGAGAAUAUUAAGUAAGGGUCCUGAAAUUGUAAUUGCUACACCUGGUAGAUUAUGGGAAUUAAUACAGCAAGGUAAUCCCCAUCUAAACCAAGUGGAUUCCAUUAAGUAUUUAGCCAUUGAUGAAACAGACAGGAUGUUAGAAAAAGGCCAUUUUCAAGAACUACAACAAUUACUGGAGAAAAUAAAUAUGAACAAAAAUAUGUUAGAGAAACGACAAACAUUUGUUUUUUCUGCUACAUUAACCAUGGUUCACGAUAUCCCAGAGUAUUUACAAAAGAAGAAAAAGAAGCAUGCUAAGAGCAAGAUACAUAAGUUGACACCUGGUCAAAAAUUACAAAAGAUUAUUGACCUUGUUGGAAUAAAAAAUCCCAAAAUUGUUGAUAUUACAAAAGAAUCAGGUACUGCUAGUAAUUUGACAGAGUGUAGGAUAGUGUGUACAAUAGAUUAUAAAGAUUAUUAUCUUUAUUACUUUCUGAAAAGACAUACUGGUAGGACAUUGGUGUUCUGUAAUAGCAUCGGCUGCGUGAAACGUUUAGCCACUCUUUUUGGCAUACUUGACUGCAAACCUUUACCAUUGCAUGCCAGCAUGCAACAAAGGCAACGAUUAAAAAAUCUUGAAAGAUUUCAGGCAGAUGAGGAUGGAUUAUUAAUAGCUACAGAUGUAGCUGCAAGAGGUUUAGAUAUACCAAAUGUAGAACAUGUAAUACAUUAUCAAGUACCCAGAACUAGUGAGAGUUAUGUACAUAGAAGUGGGAGAACUGCAAGAGCUCAGAAGGAAGGUAUUACAAUUCUCAUGAUGGAACCGUCUGAAAAACAGUACUAUACUAAAUUGUGUAAAACACUGGAUCGCACGGAAGAUUUACCUGUAUUUCCGGUAGUAGAUAGACUACUUAUUGCAGUUAAAGAGAGAGUUGACAUUGCUAGAGAAAUUGAUAAAUUGGAAUUAAAAUGUCGUAGAGAUAAUUCACAGAAAGGUUGGUUACGCAAAGCGGUAGAGGAUAUGGAUUUGGUUUUGGAGGAGGAUGAAGAAGAAUUACAACUGGAAACAAAAGAAACGGCAGAUUUAAAACAUCAAUUAAAAAUAAGAAAGCACCAAUUGGCUUCUCUUCUAUCAAAACCGGUAUUUCCAAAAGGAUUUUCUGGAAAAUAUCUUGAUACUAACGUUGAAUUUACGUUCGAUACCACUGGUCAGAAAGCUGUUGAUAUUAUGAAGACAGUUAUAGGGGAGAUCCCUAAGAAACAGAAGGUACACAGUAAAAAACCGAAUCAAAAGAACACUUUUGUCAAAAGCAAAAUCAUGAGAAAGAAAAAAGUGAAGAAAACAUAA